AUGUUGGCUAUCACAGCUCUUGUAUAUGGCCUCUUCUUAGGUCGAACUCUUGCCCAUUCUGUAAAAAGAUGGACCAACGGUGGCUUAGCUACGGGGAAAACAGACCCGAAUGUUGUCGCUGACUGCGAUUACUGGGCUAAUGUUAUAGAAUCUGGCGACACCUGUGAGUCUUUGGAGUCACACUUUGGCCUAACAGCUGCGCAGUUAGCCACAUGGAACCCAUUAUUGUCAGGUAAUUGCACAUUGAAUAUAGGUUGGUCGUAUUGUGUCGACGCACCAUACACCACAACUAUAUUGAGAAUAUCGAGCCCAUCUCCAGCGACGGCUGCUUCUAAAAUUAUGGUGCCUACUACUUUUGUCACAUCAACUACAAGUACUGCGGACCAUGCGCCGUCGCCGACUCAAACUGGCCUGAUUUCCUCUUGCAACGCUUACUAUCUUGUUAAACCAGGUGAUACCUGUUAUGGCAUACAGUCGCAAUUUGGAAAUUUCACCCUGGCUCAGUUCUACACAUGGAAUCCGGCAGUCAAAACGGAUUGUUCGGAUUUAGAGGCAGGAUAUUAUGCUUGCAUUGGAAUCUCCUUAGGACAAUCAACUACUAGCGUCAUAACGACUGCCACGGCGACUUCCACUUCAACAUCAGGCCCCAUCCCAACGCAAACUGGAAUUACAAACAAAUGUGACAAGUACUAUCAGGUCGUGUCUGGCGAUACUUGUGCAGGUAUUGCCAGUAAUUAUGAUAUCUCCCUGAGCCAAUUCUAUGAUUGGAACCCAGCUGUUGGCAACAGCUGCACAGACCUUCUUGCAGGUUAUUAUGUAUGUGUAGGGGUUGUUGGUAUGUCUCUCCAAAAGCGAAGCAAAAGAAGAAAGAGAAAUGCAGAGGACAAAGAAAGAACGAGAAAGAAUUAUUUCAUAGGACAACCUACUUAUUCUCAAACAAUGACGACAGCAACUGCAACCUCCGCCGGGCCAUUGCCGACGCAGUCGGGGAUCAUAUCCAGCUGCACGUCUUAUUAUCAAGCCAAGACCGGCGACACAUGCAGCUCUAUCGUGACUGGUCACUAUUCGUAUUUGACAGUUGACGAAUUCGAAAAGUGGAAUCCAGCAGUAGGGACCAACUGCGGUAAUCUAUUGCCUGGUUACUACUAUUGCGUUGCUACUAGCUCCGUUGAACCGGAACCUGGAACGAUCAAAACAUGCACGUCGUACCACUUGGUCGUCAGUGGAGAUACUUGUUAUAGUAUUGAGCAGAAAUUCGGCAUCAGUACCGCAAAUUUUCAAUCCUGGAAUCCUGGCGUGGGUAGUUCAUGUUCGUCAUUGUGGGCUGGGUACUACGUCUGCGUUGGGGUAUGA